AUCACGUGGUAGAUCCAUCACAGACCUAUAUAACUGGAAAACUUACACAGAGAACUUCAUUCUGUUCAUCCGAAACAACUGGUUCUGAUCGAAGUGUACCAGCCAAAAGUGUUUGGGAAUCUAUUACUCAGAAAACAUGAAGUCUGGAUUUAUUCUGUGUCUGGGGCUUAUGAUGGCCAUCAGUUGCCAUGCUAGAAUGGCAGAAAAAGUCAGCGAGGAUGACGACUUUGUUGUCUACAGAAUUCCUGUAAAAUCUUUGGACCUUCAGCCUCAAGCUACUGGAUAUUAUGAGGGCAUGGAAUUUUCUCCUAGCCAUGGCCGUUCCUCCAGUAAGAGUACUAGCAGCUCCAAGAGCACCAGCAGUUCCACAGGCUCUGGCAGAGGCAAGGGUUAUGGGCAAGGAGCUUCGGAAGGCCACGGAACCGGUCACGGCGGUAGCGGCCACGGUUAUGGAGGUGGCAGCUCUGGUCAUGGUCAAGGCUACGGUGGUAGCGGAAGCGGAUACGGUGGCAGCGGCAGCGGAUAUGGCGGAGGUGGCAGCGGCAGCGGUUAUGGCGGAAGUGGUAGCGGAUAUGGAGGCAGUGGUAGCGGAUAUGGUGGCCCCAGCUAUGGACAUCAAAGAGGAUACCGACAAAGGACUGGUCAUUAUCCCCUGAGGUACGAAGGCUCUGAUGAUUACAGCUCCCCCAGUUACCACAGAGGAGGGCAAGCUAGCUACACUCCCGGCGGAUACGGAGGCAGCACCAACACCCAACACUAUGAUGACGAUGACCACGACUAUCCUAAGAUCGUAACCAGCACCAAAUCUUACACCACUAACAGUGCCACAAACACUGGCAUUGGACAACAAUACAGACAAUCUGCUGCAGACAGUGUGGGUGACAUUAACUUCAGAUUGGGUGACUACUUGAAGGAUGCUCCUGGACACGAGAACAGUCACAGAUAUAGUCAGAAGUUGUACGAAGCAGCUGGAUUCGCUGGUGGUGACUACGCCGCAGCAGCUCCAGGGCUUCGAUCCGGUCAAGGAUUCAACGUCAACGAGUUCACCAGGACCUUGAACCAAGGCAUGGCUAAUGGCUUCAAUGGUCCCUCUUACAGAAACAACCGAUUUGUUCCCCAGGCUUCUUUCGUCUACCCCACGGCCUACGCCCUUAGACACGCCGGAUUCGGAUUAGGAGGCUUCUAAAUAGUCAUGUAAACUGUACAUAAACAGGACUUUUGCAUCUCAUCAAAAUAGAAGUGAUUUGAGCAUGUUCAAUAACAGCAUGGAAAGUAAUAAUUUUGUAUCAUGAAUGAGAGUUAGGUGCCUUCAGGCUCACAGUCUGAAGGCUUGUCGUUUGUAAACUUUCCAUGGUUUAGGUGUCUGAUAUCGUAGAAUUCAAGUUGCCCUCAUUUGGGCAAUUUGGUAAAUGUGUAGAUAGGAUAAAUUUACGUCUAGGCUUGUUCUGGUGUUCUCUCCUGUAGUGCAUGCAGCAAACAAAUCAAUGCAGAAUGAGAAAUAUUCAACUGCAUUUCUUGAAAAUGAUGUGCACUUGGAUAGCUUACAAUGCCUGAAAUCUUUAUCAUGUGAUUUUACUUUACUACUCUGUGAACAGAUUUCUGAACUUAUGUUUCUUUCAUACUUUCGAAUAGAGAAUAUCACUGCAAAAUAGGUACAAGCUCCUUUCUGUUUUUAAAACGCAAUUUGAAUGAAGAAAGGUAAAGAUUAUGAAAAUUACAAAUCAAGAAACAUUUCAAAAAUAGUUAUUUACUGUAUUCUAGCUCUAUUCAUGGGUGAAUAGAAAUAAAAGUUCUGAAAUUUAUUCUGUUUAUCAUAAAGAAAACUACUGUAUUCGUUUGUGAUAACUAAAUGGAAAGAUGUGCUCGACGAAUACUUGUUUUGUACAAGAAUCGAAGGGAAUUUUUAUGGCAUUUCUUUCUUCGGAAGAGGUUCUGAAACUAAGUUCUUUAAGAAAUUAUGCUCUCCUCCUAGACAGAAUGCCAAUUUUCUCUUCGGUGCAGUAGUUUUUCUGUUCCAUUUUCACAGCUAUUUCAGAUUCUGUAUAAGAUUUCAUCUCUUUAUAAUUCAUAUUCAUCGUUUAUUGGUUCUCAAAUAAAAACUUUCUUUUCUUCUCAUUAUAAAA